AUGUCUUCUAACCCCUACGACUCCCAGGCCUCGACCAACUACAAGGAGGCUUUUGCCCUGUUCGACAAGCGCGGCAACGGCCGUGUCACCGCCGACAGCCUGGGCGACCUGCUACGGGCCUGCGGCCAGAAUCCGACGCUGUCCGAGAUCCAGGAGCUCGAAAAGACGGCCGGCGCCGACUUCGACUUUGAGACUUUCCAGCGCGUCCUCAACCGCCCCGGCGGCUUCCGAGAGCCCGGCGAGCCCGAGGAGUACUGCCGCGGCUUCCAGGUCUUUGACAAGGACAUGACGGGCUUCAUCGGCGUCGGCCAGCUCAAGUACAUCCUGACCAAUCUGGGCGAGAAGAUGUCCGACGACGAGGUCGACGAGCUGCUCAAAGCCGUCGACACGAGCUCCGGCCAGGUCAACUACACGGAUCUCGUCCGGACCAUCCUCGCCAACUGA